AUGACCUCCGGUUACGCGCAUGUGAUGGACCGGACCCCGCCGUUAUCGAGCAGUUUGGACCCGCUUCAGGCCAAGAAGAACUUUUCCGUGAGCCACCUCCUGGACCUGGAGGAGGCGGGGGACGUGGUGGGAGCGCAGGCCGAGGACGGAGUGGCGGAGGCGGGCAGGAGCCUCAUGGAGUCACCGGGGCUGACGAGCGGCAGCGACACCACGCAGCAGGAAAAUGAACAGAUGAACACGGAGGAGAAGAAGAAGAGGAAGCAGCGUCGGAAUCGUACGACGUUUAACUCGAGUCAGCUGCAGGCGUUGGAGCGAGUGUUCGAGCGCACGCACUACCCCGACGCCUUCGUACGAGAAGACCUCGCCCGCCGCGUCAACCUGACCGAGGCCCGCGUCCAGGUCUGGUUCCAGAACCGUCGGGCGAAGUUCCGCAGAAACGAGCGGGCGAUGUUGGCGAGUAAAAACGCGUCGCUGCUCAAGUCGUUUUCCGGAGACGUGACGGUGGAACAGCCCAUCGUCCCUCGCCCCGCCCCCCGCCCCAACGACUACCUGAGCUGGGGCGGAGCCUCGUACAGUGCGAUGGCGUCUUAUCCUCCGUCUUGUUCGAACACGACGUCGUCUCAGGGCAUGAACAUGGCCAACAGCAUCGCCAACCUGCGCCUCAAGGCCAAAGAGUACAGCCUCAACCAGGUGCCCACCGUCAACUAACCCCGCCCACCAGUACUACUGCCAGUACUACUGAAGUACUACUGAAGUACUACUGAAGUACUACUGAAGUACUACUGCCAGUACUACAACUACACACACUGCAGUACCCGAAGAAGGACUCCAGCAAAGUCUCUGUUUCUGUGGAGCGUCUGCCACCUUUGGACU